GACUCGGUGUAUCGGAAAAACUUUUAUUUCAAGCCUGGGAAAGUUUUAUUUAUUUAUUUUUAAAGAAUCUUAAGUGGAAAAUGUCGUUCGGGUCGGCCCGGCUAGGGUGUCGAAGGGAUGAGCCAGGAUUUCGAUAAUCCCGAUGCGCUCUGUGGUGAACGGGACAACUACCAGAAAAAUACACAAUCAAAAACAAUGACUGCGAGAACGCGUUUCCCCUAAAAUGGAAUAGUUUUUAUUACGGGUCAAAUCAAGUCCGCACCGCUUGGGUGCGUAGCCAAUUCGCAAUAUUUUUAUACGAAACGGUUCGACUUUUGUAGAGAGACAAGACUAGCCUAGUUAAAUCGGGCGAAAACGCGUCUUUCCUGCCUCGUUUAUGGAUUAGCCUCUGCCUUUCCAAGGAGCGAUUCUGGCAAACCCGAUGGAUUUCCAACCGGGACCGAUUCAAUUCAAAAUCUCACAAGGAUUAUAAAAAGCCCUUUCUACAAUAUGGCAGUGGUGGCAAAUAGACGUUUAUGUACUAUUUUAUUCUAAGAAAAAAAAUAGGCAUUUUAUAAGGUGUGUAGUUAAUAGUUAACAAUGGCAUCCACCCAAGGAGAAAUCAGAGUGGGCCCUUCUCACCAGGCUCGACUACCCGAGUACAGACCCGGGGUUGUGACCGAGCUGCCACCGGACCCUGAGUUCAGCAGAGAGAGGGAGGAACUGAGAUGGGCUCCAACUAUGGCGCUGGACGGCGACCUCCUCAUGUAUCUCAGGGCAGCACGGUCUAUGGCCGCAUUUGCAGGUAUGUGCGAUGGGGGAUCUGCUGACGACGGCUGUGUGGCUGCUUCAAGGGAUGAUACUACAUUAAACGCCCUUGAUGUGCUGCAUGACUCAGGAUAUGACCCAAGUAAAGCUCUUCAAGCAUUGGUUAAAUGCCCUGUUCCUAAAGGAAUAGAAAAGAAGUGGUGUGAAGAAGAGACUAAACGGUUUGUUAAAGGGUUGAGGCAAUUUGGGAAAAACUUCUUUCGGAUUAAGAAGGAUUUGCUUCCACACAAAGACACUGUGAGUUUUGUAUUUUACUAUUUGUGGAAAAAGACACCUGGAGCAAACAAUAAUCGACCACACAGGAGGCGAAGGCAAGGAUCCUUGAGGCGGAAUAAAAACACGCGGAAUUCUCCGAGGUCUGGCACGAUUAAGGAGGAACCACCAGCCACCGGAGGAAGCUCUAGACCUUCUCCUAUCUCUAAUGAAAGAGGCGAAGGCAGUUCACCAAGCGAGGAUGACAAUUCAGAAAAUGACUCGGAUUCAAGGGACAAUUCAAGUUUUCAUUGUCAACAUUGCUAUGCCAAUACAAGGGAUGUCCAGCCCUCAGGCCCCAAGGACAGGGUUCUUUUAUGCACUGACUGUAGAACACAUUUUAAGAAGCAUGGUGAACUCCCAACUCUUCCGAACAAUCACAAUAACAACAACACAAACAGCAAUAAUAAUAACAGCACAAGUAAUUCUAGUGGAUCUGGUCGAGAGACUCCUUAUUUAUUUAGGCCAGUUCAGUCAGACAGCCCAGAUGGUUCUCCUGGAAGAAUGCGUACCCGGAAUAAGGCGAAGGAAACUCCAACAAAGGGCAAUAACGGCCCUCGUCCUAAGAGAAGCAGCGGCACUAAUACGCCUGAUGAGAUUGACAAAAAAGGUGCGAAAUCUCCUGGAGCUUCAAGCAAUUGUUCAAAUUCGCCCACUGAGAAAACUAAAAAGAAGGGUAAAACUGAGAUUAAUUCAAAUAAAAAUCGAAAGAGGAAUGUUGAAUCUGAACCUGAAGAAGAAGUUUCAAUUUUCAAGAGAAAACGUGAUGGGGCAGAUAGUCCUUCUGAGAGUUUAACAACCGAUAGUGGAUCGGUGGCAGAUGAAGCUGAGCCUACAUCUCAAGAACCGCCCGAGACAAAUGAUAACGUUGAAUCUCCAGCCUUGGCAAGUGGUGGCCCUCUUCAACCCUCACCUCAGUCUGAAUUAGAAGAAGAAGAAUCUAAGCCAGAAGGAGAGCCCAAGUCCAAAUAUUAUGGUUUGUCUUUAUCUUUGUCUGAGGAAGACUCUUUUUAUAUUGGAUCUCCCAGACCGGCAGCUGAAUCGAACUUUGUGGAAACUGAGGAACCUGUUUAUAACUCUGUUACAGUUAAAAAAGAAGAAGUCUUGAAAGAAGAAGAUAAAUUUACUCCACCUUCAUCAGCUUACACAGUGCCUCCAGUAGUACCGCAAGACGAGGAAGAUAAGAAAUCAAUUUCACCUAUUGUGCAAGGUGCUAUACAAAUCAAAGAAGAAUUUGAUCCAAUUUGUGCUACACCAAAGUCACUUAAAACUGGUCCCAAAACAUUUGAAGAGAUCAGUAUUACAGAGAAACUUAUUGUGAAGAGUGAAACUCUGUUUGAAAAUCCUGAAAGUGUUGUUAUGCCCUUUCAUCCCACAACCGUGGAGAAUUUUGUGCUGAAAGAAGAACCUCCUGCUACGCCUACUUCUUCGCAGGCCUUGAUUGAGACUAGAGCUGAACCUUUUGUAUCGGCAAACUCUACAAAUACCACAAAUACUUCAAACUCACCAAAUGCAAAUCCUAUUUUGGCGACAUCGAUAAAAGUAGAACCUGGGGAAAGUGAAGAAUCACUGCCAGCUAAUAACGAGAGGAACAAUGAAAAUGAAAGUUCUAGGACUCCUCCUUCACAAAAUUCUGAAAUGGCUGACUCGUUGAGGCCACUAGAGUCGCCACCUUUGAGGUUUAAAGUGCAUGUUCCUAAAUCUCCUGCUCCCCCAGAUUCUCCUCCUAUUAGAUUAAAGGUGCAUAUCCCUAAAUCUCCAGCUCCGCCGGAGGCGAUGAGACCGCUAGAAUCUCCACCUAUUCGAUUAAAAGUUCAUGUUCCUAAAUCUCCCGCUCCACCUGAUCAACAAGAGAAGUGUUCCCCUAAUAUGGCUCAGUCAAUAUUAGUACCUGCUUAUCCUCCUCCUCUAGAGCAUGAUAGUUCAGCUAAUAUGAUAAAUAUUCCUUCAGUACGCCCUAAGCAUAAUCCAUUUGCUCAGUUUUAUCAUCCCCAUUUUCAUUCGCAUAGAGUUGAUAAGGUUAAUCCUUCUCCUCCAUAUUCAAUGCAAAAUGAACCUCAGAAUUUGAAGAUCAAACAAGAAGUAAUACCUCCAGAUCAAAUGCCACCUGCUACAGAUCCUCUACAAUCAUUAAAGGAAGUUAAAGUCCCUGGUUAUUCAGGUACAUCAAUAUCUCAACCUUUACUACCAACUACCUUGAAUAAUUCAAUUUCGCAGUCGACCGAUCCUAAUAGAUCUGAUUCAAACCCACCAUCAUCUCCAUUUUUGGGUCCAGCACUUGACAAUAUUAAAAAAGAGCCUGAAUUUGUUACUAAUAGACCGCCAACACCAGUUAAAUCACCUUCAAGACCAUCAGAACCUUCUUCACCGACACCCAAUCCACCACGAAGUUCUCCAUUCUCUGCACCUCAACCGCCAACAUCUUCUGUACCAAGUCUUAUUGCUCCGUCUCCGACUCAUGCCACUCCUCCGACUUCGAUGCCCCAACCCGGAAUGCAUCCUUCACAGCAACCAUCUCCUUUAAGCAGAGUGUCCCCUCAUUUAUCUCAUCCACAUGCUUUCGUACCACCUAUGCAUCAUCCUCAUCAUCCUUUAAUGCAUCACUCACUGCUGGCUGCAGCCGCCGCUCAUGCAGCUGCUGUACAUCAGUAUCACACUCCCCAUCCUUAUUAUUCAUAUCCAUUCCCUUAUGGGCCUUAUGCCAUACCACAACCGAUUCCUCCUCCAAGAGAUGGAAAACCCCUUGAAGCCUCAACCAUGCUAACGCAUUCUGUUACUUCUCGUUCAAUAAGAGAAGUGGAGACAAGAGACGAAGCAUUGAAUCAUCACACUACUCAAGAGAUAACUCAGACCCACCAUCAAUUGACGUCAUCGACACUUCUCCAUCAUCAGGAAAAAUCAAAUCAACCCCAGGGAAUGACGAUUUCUCAUUCAACGACAUCAAGCAGUUCUGCAAGUGUACAACACAAAAUCAAUUCAAAUAAGAGGACUGGGAGUCCGUCGUUACAGCAACCUCCUCAGGGAUCAGCAAGUUGCCAUGUUUCAGCCACUCUUUCUCAAACAACGUCAUCAACUCUCUCCACAAAUCAUGGGCAAGGACACCACUCUCAUCACCAUCAACAUAGCCACCACCAUCAUCACCAUCAAAAUUCCAGUGGAGAACGGUUAUCUCCUUCCAGCUUAAUGAUCACAUCAGGAGUGAGUGUGCCACGAAGCAGCAGUAGUGGGACAAAUAGCACAAGCAGUAAAUCACAUCAGAUCUCUUCACAUACAAGUCCUCUUUUUCCACCUGGAAGUCUUCAUCCACAUCAUUCUCUUGCUUUAGCUCCACACAAUUCUCUCGAUGCUCUAAGAGCACAUGCCCAAGCAGCGGCUCUCCAGUCAUCUCUGCCACCAUCACAUGGUGUGCAUUCAUACAUGGGAAGCAAUAAUGACAUGCUUAAAACAGAACCAAUAACGUUAUCCAGUGAUGAAGCUGGUGGGGCUGGAGAUGAUGAUGAUGUCCCAUCACCAUCACACCAUGUGCCUCGAGGGCCAAGCCCUGAACCCAAGAUAGAGGACACCGAGUGUCACAGGAGUCAAAGUGCAAUAUUUUUGAGGCAUUGGAAUCGUGGUGAUUACAACUCUUGCUGUCGUACAGACUUGACUUUCAAACCAGUUCCAGAGUCAAAACUUGCUAGGAAGCGAGAAGAAAGGCUAAGAAAGCAGGCCGAAAAAGAAAGGGAGGAAAGAGAAAAAGUACAAGCUAGGAAGAUUUCAACUCCAGAAAAGCCUGAAACUUCCAAGCCUCCUAGUAGAGGAUCUAUUGAACCAAUGUCAUCUCCUUACGACAGAUUUGGAGGUCGUGGUGGUUAUCCAGAUACCCCAGCUCUACGCCAAUUAAGUGAGUAUGCAAGACCACAUGGUGGAUUUUCUCCUGUAACUCUUCAGAGAUCGGCAACACUCGGGCUACCACCACAGUGCAUUGACCCAAUGCUGCACUAUCAGAUCAAUUCUAUUUAUGCCCCGGGGGCAAGAGAAAGAAUGGAACUGGAACAUUUUGAAAGGGAGAAGAGGGAGAGGGAGCUGAGGGAACUGAGAGAAAGGGAGUUGAGCGAUCGCUUAAAAGAGGAACUGAUGAAAGCUGGCAAUCCAGCCUCAGCACGUUUGACGGCGUUUGAACCUCACUGGAUUGAUAUGCAUAGAAGAUUUCCUGGUGGGGUUCAUCAGUAUGGGAAUUAUCCACCUCCUACAGCUGGUCAGCCACCACCUGGCAUUUCUCAGCUUGAUAGAGAUCGCUUAGAACGCCUAGGCAUUCCAGGUAAUGCAGCAGCAGGAGCGGCCGCAGCUAGUUCUGGCCCAAGUUCAAAUGCAAGCAGCGCUGAAGCGGCUGAAAGACUCGCUCUGGCUACAGAUCCGAUGGUACGACUCCAAAUGGCCGGCAUCUCGCCCGAGUAUCACGCUCACACCCAUGCCCAUACUCACGCGCACACUCAUCUACACCUACAUCCGGGACAACAGGCCCCUGGCUCAAGUCAACCUCCGCAACCUUCCCAAACGACACCACAGCCUGCUCCGGCCCCAGCGCAAGAACCGGCUUCUCCAUUUUCUCUUCCAGGUGGAGCAGGAGGAUACCCAAGACCAAAUCUUUUGCCUCCUAGAGAAGCAAUAUUAGGUCUUCAUCAUCCUUCUGAACUUCUAACAAGACCUUACACUGAGCAACUUGUCCAUCAAGCUGCUGCCCAUGAACACUUACAAAGACAUAUGUUAAUGGAGAGAGAAAGAUUCCCACAUCCGUUGGUUGCACAUCAUGAGGAGUAUAUUAGACAACAAAGAGAAAGGGAACUAAAAGUCAGAGCCUUAGAGGAAGCUGCAAGAGGAGCUCGACCAUAAAUUUAUUUCUUCUAGUUUAUUAUUUUUUUAAAGGAUUUAAGUGAGAACUAGCGUUAUGUAAUAUUAUCAAAGACUUUUAUCUGGACACCAAAGAAUAUAAUGGAAAAAAUUAAGAGCACCAGACUGAUGAUUGCAUUUCGUCUGUACGUCAAAUAUGUGCAACGCUGAAAAAAGAUGCUGAGAUGAGAAAGUGUUGCAAAUUGUUAUUAAUCGCAAUCAUUUAUCGGAUUGGAUAGUUUGAAUCAAUUUGUAGGAACCGUUGUUUUGAAUAUGAGUUAUUACUAAAUUAAUUUGUUAUCUCAUGGUAAUACAGCAAUUAUAAUGACAAAUCAACUUGAGUGAUAAAUGACCUUCAGGAAGCUCUCACAAAUUUACUAUGCGUAAUUAAUUACAAUUUAAAAUGAUAUUGUGAUCGGCUCAUCAAGUGUUUACAUUAAGCUUUAUGAUCUUAUAUUUUAUUAUCUUAUUUUUUGUAUAGUUGGCACAUUUUAGAUAUUUAUUAGUGUAUUUGGUUUUUAAAAUACACAAUAUGUAAAUAAAAUUAACAAUGGCAGAAUGGUGUAUUUCCAUAUGCUAUUCUUUAUUAAGGAAUAUAAAUGAGGCAUUAGUUUUAAGUAGUUUAUUGUGAUCCAAAACUAUCCUAAGUAUGGAUGUCAGGUUUGAUCUCCUAUUAAAUGUAAAUAAUAAAAAUUAUUUUGUGUUUAUUGGACAUUUCUUUUUUGAUUAACAACUUUUAUAAUGUGUAUAGAUAAUUUAUUACAUAUGUGCUAAGGGGAAAAUCCUUUGGCUCGGUUAAAUAUAAUAUAAUGCUAUUGUGUAAAAUUUUGUUUCAAAUCGCUUAUUGUGUUUAUUCAAUAAAAAAAAUAUGAUUUUGCUUUAUAAAUCGUAAUAGAAUAAGUUCCAGAGGUAAUGUAAUUAUUUACGUUUCGUACUUUAAGAGCUUGAUUAGUUUCUAGACAUUAGGCAUUCUUGAGGUACUUCCAAUAAAAUAUUCUAAUUGAGAAAAAAAAAAAAAAAGAUUUUAAAAAGAAAAAAUG